UGUGUUGCACGCGUGACUAUUUUAUUUUAUACGCGUGUAAAAUAGACUGUUUGAACAUUAUUUUCUAUAUUGUAAAUUAUUCCGAAUUUUUCAAAAUUUUGUAAGACAUCUUAAAUAACUAUAACGUACAUAAAAAUGAAAAAAAAAAUUAUACUAUUUUUUUUCUAAAUACUGAAACAAUGCACCAAUACAUCCCCUUUAAGAGAUGCAUUACGGAUCACCCAAUCAUAUAUAUAUAUAUAUUUUUGUUGUAUGAGAAGAGGGGGGAAAGCCAAUUUGAGCGCACGCCUCUUGUCCUCUAUCUAUCCAUCCCACGUGUUCAAAACGAGAUACCCGAUUCACGCGCCAGGAGCGUGCAGAAACGAAGCAAAACACAUUUUUCGUUUGUAAUUAGGCUCCCAAAAGCUCCUAAUCUUUAUUAUAUAGUAAGACCUAAUUGCCCCAUUCUCACCCUCACUCACUCACUCGCUUUUCUCUCUCACCGUACCCUUCUCUCGUUUCCUUCACUCUCCUGUGAUGGACUUUGUUGCAGUGCUUGGCACCGGGGCUCUUGUGGCCUUCGGUCUCUACUGGUUCGUAUGGGUUCUAGGCCCCGCCGAACAACAAGGCAAGCGCGGUGUCAAUCUCUCCGGCGGAUCGAUCUCCGCCGAGAAGGUUCAAGAUAACUAUAAGCAGUACUGGUCCUUCUUCCGCCGCCCUAAGGAGAUCGAAACUGCCGAGAAGGUUCCAGACUUUGUAGAUACUUUCUACAAUUUAGUAACCGACAUUUACGAGUGGGGAUGGGGCCAGUCCUUCCAUUUCUCCCCUUCCAUACCCGGUAAGUCUCACCGUGAUGCCACGCGCAUUCACGAGGAGAUGGCCGUCGAUCUCAUCAACGUCAAACCAGGGGAUCGAAUUCUGGACGUUGGAUGCGGGGUUGGGGGCCCCAUGCGAGCCAUCGCCGCCCACUCUCGUGCCAAUGUCGUAGGCAUCACGAUCAACGAAUACCAGGUUAAACGCGCCCGCCAGCACAACAAGAAGGCUGGGCUCGAUUCGCUCUGUGAGGUCGUUUGCGGCAACUUCCUCCAGAUGCCGUUCCCGGACAACAGCUUCGAAGGCGCCUACUCGAUCGAAGCCACCUGUCACGCGCCGAAGCUGGAGGAGGUAUACGCAGAGAUUUUUAGGGUUUUGAAGCCUGGAUCUCUCUAUGUGUCGUACGAAUGGGUAACGACAGACAAAUAUGUAGGAGAGAACGCUGAACAUGUUGAUAUCAUUCAAGGGAUCGAGAGAGGUGACGCCUUGCCUGGUCUGCGGAGCUACUCCGAUAUAGCCGAAACGGCUCGGAAAGUGGGGUUCGAGGUGGUGAAGGAGCAAGAUCUGGCUAAACCACCUGCUCUUCCAUGGUGGACACGUUUGAAGAUGGGUAGAUUCGCUUACUGGAGAAACCACGUUCUCGUGACUGUGCUUGCCGCCGUGGGAAUCGCUCCAAAGGGUACCGUCGAUGUCCACGAGAUGCUUUUCAAGACCGCCGAUUAUCUGACCAGGGGUGGAGAUACCGGAAUAUUCUCUCCGAUGCAUAUGAUUCUCUGCAGAAAGCCAGUUACCGAAUCAUAAAGCUCACAAGUAUUCUUGAGGUAAUACCUCAUUCACUUAUUUUCCAUGUUCUACCCUCUAUCACUUUAGUCUCUUCCUAGUUUUUUUUUUCUUAAUUUAUUAUUUUGUUAGUGCUAAUUUAUUUUCCAUUUUGUAAUUUUGUUUUCGAAUUAUUUGAAUCUCAUGGUUGGAUAACUUUUGUGAUGAUUAAUUAAGCUUAAGAGCCAUAA